AUGAACGAGCCUGUGGUUACAAUUGAUCGGCCGCAGGUCACGUGCCAUGGCCCGUAUGAAGGUUACCAUUGGCCGGACAUCUAUGAGGCUACCAUCAGCUGGUCAGGCAUUGCCCGGAGACGGAACGUUUCGAGUGGCCGGGCGACUCUUCCUCGAUCGAAGCAUCGUGCAGCACCCGUCCUCGCCGCGCCUACCGCCAUAGAAUGGGAUACGGGUCUCCCCUUUUCCAGCAACCCGCCCUCGCCCGAACGGCCCUCCGAGCCCCAGCCAUCUCCCCCGGGCCAACCCACCAUCUCCUUAUAA